AUGGAGUGUAAUGCUCUCUAUCUCCUUGAUAAAUUGGAGCUUGUAUUAUCAACCGUGGGUCAAGAACCAACUAAGCUAAUUCAAGAAUCACUUGUACUUUCUAUGAAGGCAUUGAUUUCAGAAGAAUUUUUGAGGCACACAGAUGAGGAUGUUAAGAUUCUAGUUAUAUCUUGCAUCUCCGAGAUUACAAGAAUCACAGCGCCGGAUCUCCCUUAUGAUGAUGAACAAAUGAAGGAGAUCUUCAAGCUCACUGUGGCAUCUUUUGAGAAGUUGUCUCACAUAUCUGGCUGUGGCUAUGAAAAAGCACUUACAAUACUUGAUAAUGUCAGUAAGGUCAGGUUAUGCUUGGUCAUGCUGGACCUUGAGUGUAAUGACCUGACACCCUCCCAUUGCUAUGGUGUAUGUUUGGAAGAUAGGGAAGGGAAGCAGGGGAUUGGGUUUCAUGUGGGCAAUGAGUAA